GGAAGUGGUUCUCUGGCUGGGGUCUCGGUCAAAAAAGAACGCAAACGCGGACAACAGGGACGAGUGGGAAAGAGAGAGUCGGCGUGAGCUUCCAAACCCUAUUCUUCACCAUCAGUCUUUAAUACCUUCGCGCACAUCGAUUCUUGUUUUCGGGAAACCAUGCGCUGGUUUUGUUCCUUUGCUGGCUGAUAAUCCGUGGUUUUGGCUAAGGAUUUGUACUGAUUGGGGCUUAAUUUUUUGGGUAACGAAAUGGAUUUGGUAGCUAGUUGCAAGGAUAAAUUAUCAUAUUUUCGAAUAAAAGAGCUCAAAGAUGUGCUUACUCAAUUAGGUCUUUCAAAGCAGGGGAAGAAGCAGGAUCUUUAUGAGCGGAUAUUAGCCAUUCUCUCUGAUGAUCAAGUUGCCAGAUUGUGGGAAAAGAAGAAUCCUGUUGGAAAGGAACAGGUGGCAAAACUAGUAGAUGACACGUAUAGAAAAAUGCAGGUCUCUGGGGCCCCUGAUUUAGCAUCGAAGGGACAGGGUGUCUCCGAUAGUAGUAAUGUGAAAGUCAAAGGAGAAGUUGACGAGCACUUUCAAUCAGAUACAAAGGUUCGCUGUCUUUGUGGGAAUUCUUUGGAGUCGGAGUCAAUGAUUAAGUGUGAGGAUCCAAGAUGCCAUGUGUGGCAACAUAUUGGUUGUGUUAUAGUUCCGGAGAAACCUAUGGAAGGCAGUCCCCCAGUUCCUGACUUAUUCUAUUGUGAACUCUGUCGACUUAGUCGCGCUGACCCCUUUUUGGUUACGAUCUCAAAUCCUUUACAUCCUAUGAAGUUGACUACUACAAAUAUUGCAACUGAUGGAACAAACCCUGUGCAAAGUCUGGAGAAAACGUUUCAACUCGCAAGGGUGGAUAAAGACUUAUUGUCAAAACAAGAAUAUGAUGUUCAGGCUUGGUGUAUGCUUCUGAACGACAAGGUUCCAUUUAGGAUGCAGUGGCCGCAAUAUGCAGAUCUUCAGGUCAAUGGUAUGGCUGUUCGUCCUAUCAAUAGACCUGGUGCGCAACUGCUUGGAGCUAAUGGUCGUGAUGAUGGUCCACUUAUCAAAGCAUUCACAAAAGACGGAAUUAAUAAGAUUUCUUUAACAGUAUGUGAUGCUCGCAUUUUCUGUUUAGGUGUUCGAAUUGUAAAGCGGCGAACUGUUCAACAGAUUCUUAACUUGAUUCCCAAAGAUUCUGAUGGUGAGCAUUUUGAAGAUGCUCUUGCUCGUGUUUGUCGAUGUAUCGGUGGUGGAACAACUACAGAUAAUGCUGACAGUGACAGUGAUUUGGAAGUUGUUGCAGAUUUUUUUGGCGUAAAUCUACGUUGUCCGAUGAGUGGUUCGAGAAUGAAGGUUGCCGGAAGAUUCAAACCUUGUGCUCACAUGGGUUGUUUUGAUCUUGAGGUUUUUGUGGAAAUAAAUCAACGUUCUAGAAAGUGGCAAUGCCCCAUUUGUCUCAAGAACUAUGCAUUGGAGAAUAUCAUUAUUGAUCCUUACUUCAAUCGUAUUACAACUAUGUUAAGGCAUUGUGGAGAAGAUGUAACGGAGAUUGAGGUGAAGCCUGAUGGAUCUUGGCGUGUAAAGAAUAAAAAUGAAAGUGAACGGAGGGAUCUGGGGGAUCUUGCAUAUUGGCAUUUUCCUGAUGGUACUAUUUGUGUCCCUGAUACAGAAGUUAAACCAAAAGUGGAAGUGUUGAAGGAGAUCAAACAGGAAGGUAUUUCAGAAGGUCAUACUGGUUUGAAGCUCGGAAUAAGGAAGAAUCGCAAUGGCUUCUGGGAAGUCAGUAGACCUGAAGAUCUUAACACCUCUUCUGAUAAUAGAUUACAAGAAAAAUUUGGAAUCCAUGAACAGAAAGUUAUCCCAAUGAGCAGCAGUGCCACUGGAAGUGGUAGGGAUGGUGAAGAUCAAAGUGUAAAUCAGGAUGGAGGUGGAAAUUUUGAUUUUUCUACCACCACUGGGAUUGAGAUGGAUUCUAUAUCUCUGAAUGUUGAUUCAGCAUAUGGAUUUGGUGGACGAAGUACCUCUGCUCCAGUAGGAAAUGCUGAAGUUAUUGUUCUUAGUGACUCGGAAGGAGAGGAUGAUCUAAUAAUAUCUUCUGGAACUUACAAGAACAAUCGAAGUGAUACUGGUGCGGUAACCUUUUCUGUUUCCCCUCACGGAAUCACUGAAACAUACCCAGAAGAUCCCACUCUUGGAAAUGGUGGGAGUUCAUGCUUGGGUCUUUUUAAUGCCAAUGAGGAUGAAUUUGGGAUCCCUCUCUGGCCUCAACCUUCUGGAACUCAAGCAGGACCAGGUUUUCAGUUGUUUAGUUCUGAGGCAGAUGUGCCAGAUGGCCUAGUCGAUUUGCAGCAUGGUUCUAUGAAUUGUUCCACCUCAAUGAAUGGCUACACAUUGGCUCCAGAGAAUGCCAUGGGGUCUGCUACCCUAGUCCCAGAUCCUUCUGUUGGUCGCUCUGAUACCGAUUUUCUUGAUGGUUUGGUUGAUAAUCCCUUGGCGUUUGCUGGGGACGAUCCCUCACUUAAAAUAUUUCUUCCCACAAGGCCUUCAGAUGCGUCAGUACAGAAUGAUAUGAGAGAUCAGGCUGAUGUGUCAAAUGGUGUUCGAACUGAGGAUUGGAUUUCUCUUAGGCUUGGGGGUGGUGCCAGCGGCAAUAAUGGUGAGAUGACGCCUCGAAAUGGAUUGAAUUCGAGACAGCAAAUACCAUCCAGAGAAGAUGGCUUGAAUUCUUUGGCUGACACUGCUUCUUUGCUUCUUGGUAUGAACGACGAUAGAUCUGACAAAUCAAGUAGACAAAGAUCAGAUAGCCCUCUCUCUUUUUCUUUUCCUCGCCAGAAACGUUCUGUGAGGCCGCGAUUGUAUCUUUCUAUUGAGUCGGACUCAGAAUAGGGUAACUGGACCCACGUUUGAACCUUUUCUGGUGAUAGAAAACAUAUGAUUUUGUCGGAUAAGCCCAAGUUCAGUAUUAGUAGAGCCAAAGAAAGUCGACAAACAUUUGUUGAGCAUGGAGUGGGAAGUUUUAGAUGUGGUGCAAGGCAUCCACAGUGGAACAACAACACAGGAAAGCUGUUCUUGUCUUGUGAAAAAACUGUGCUGGCACCUGCGAAAUUUUUUCUUUAACAAUUGGUUUAGUUCAUGCUUCUCUGUUCAAUUCUCCAUGGAGACCUGCAGGUCCAGUGCUGGUAAUUUGUACAGCUGAUAGUCAUUUUAUUUGGGAUAGUCGGAAUUAGAUCCAUUGGUUUAAAACCUUUGGGUGUAGGCGGGGUUGCCUCCCUUACAAACACAUAAUCUGCCUUUUUGUCUCUGUUUUAUAUUGAGAGCAAAUAGCCUGUAAAUGUUAAUUUGGGUUCACUUAUUUAUAGAAAAAUUAAAUAAUUUUCAA